AUGGUGCAGAACAUCCGGCUGGGCCACGUACUCGUCGACAGGGGGAGCUCGAUCAAUCUCCUCUUUGCUAAUGCAUUGGAUGCCCUACAGAUUCUGAGGAGCUCGCUGAGGUCAUCUCCGCCCUUCUUCAGGAUCACCUUGGGCUCCUCAGCUAAGCCUCUAGGGAAAAUUGAGUUGCCUGUUACUUUUAGCUCGCUGGACAACUUCAUAACUAAAAGGGUCUUGUUCGAUGUGGCUGACUUUGGGGCCACAUAUAACACAAUCCUCGGACGACUAGCGAUGGCCCAGUUCAUGGCCAAUGCCCACUACGCAUACCAAGCAAUCAAAAUCCCUAGGCCCACAGGGGUCAUCACCAUUGUUGGCAAUGCUAAAAUGGUCCUGCACUGCGACAAGAUGAGCCUCGACAUGGUUGAGCUAACACCUGGAUCGCAACUUAUGAUCGCCCAGUCCAUGUCAUCAACAGCCCAGAUGAUCGGCCCAAGCUAG